CAUGGCCGCGCGGUGAGUGAAUGUUUAUACCGCAACAAAGCUAGUUAUUUUAUUAAAUAAUAAAUAAAAGUUCAAAGGCAAAGCUUUAACUCAAUGAAUCGAAUGCUUAAUAUGAACAUUGUGAAGUGGAUGUCUGUAAUUAAUAAUUAUGACAGACAAGAAUACCAUCGAUACCCAAUCUACAGCAGAUGCGAGCAAAGAAAUUUGGACCCGAGUUCCGAAGUUUUCGAAGAAAAAAAAUAAAACAGAUAGCAAACAGAGAAAAAAACAAACGCACUCUCCAUCUGUGAAUGCCUCGCAAUAUUAUGGAAAAGUCGUAGGAACCCCAAAACAUAGAUCAAGGACGAGAUUUAAUGGUUGCAUCAAUGGUGAUUCCCCCAGUGAGGCAGAAGCUAUACAGGAUAUCAUCUGGGAUCCUGCUUCUCCACCUCCAACGAGGAAUGGAAAAGGAGCAGGAGAAAGUGUCCGAGUUGUGGAGAUAUCUGAAAUUGUCAACAGAAUUGCACCAAAUGAUGAGAAGCCUGUGGAUAAAGAUUCAGUGCUUCAGUGGAUUGGAGAUACCGCUAUUCCCUGCACUCCGGAGAUUCAGCAACCCAGAGUUCGACGAUGCUCAGCACGCCGGCAAAGUAACAAUGUUGAGGACCUGAUGAAGCUUGCUAAGCAGUUUGACCUUAACAUGACCCGUCAACACAAAGAAAGGUUGCAGGAUGUUAAGGGAACAAAUUGUAAGGUUUUGCACAAGCUCAACAAUCUCACUGCCACCUGUCCAGAAUCACAGAGUAAUGAGGCUUUAGCUGGAGAUGUCAAAAGGCCAAGCCAUGAGGAAGAGCUGCAUGCUUUGUUUGAUGGACCCACCCAACACUUGAGUGGGAGACUAAGCCCUCCAUCAGUUAACUCUUCACAGGAGAGCAGGACUGAAAAAACAGCUUCUCAUGGAAUGAGACCAGACACUAUAGAUUGCAAGAAUCUCCCUAAUGAUACUCGGGUAUCAAAACUAGACUUUGAUGAUGACUGGGAGAAUGAUGAUCUUCUCAAUGACUUGUUUGUGCUAGAGGUGACUCAGAACCCUCAGCUUUUGGACUCUUGUACAAAAAAAACAACUAGUCAGAUAGGUUCUGCUGCUUCCAAAAAAUGUGAACCAACAAUGCUGUCCAGUUCCCCUGGAUCAAGCAGCAAAGCUGAGUGCUCCCAGUCUAAACAGAUUACCAGUCAUUACACUAGGAUCUUAUCAGAAAGUUGCAAAAAUCUUUGUACUUUCAGGUCGGAAAGUCCUGUCCAGUCUUUUGCACUUCCAGAGGUUUUUGGAAGUUUAAAGGAACUUUCAAAAACCAGCCCUGAUUUGGUCAACAAAGAUUUAGUUCAUCAGAAAACACAUGUACCAGGUGUAAAGCAACAGAUAGUUAUGACACAUAAUGGACCAGCCGCGAAAGACAUGCACAGUUCAACUGGAGCAUCAGGGAGGGGCCUGGACUCACUUUGGGGUGAUGGAGAUAAUGAUGAUGAUGAUGAUCUGCUCUAUCAGGCCUGUGAUGACCUGGAGCGAAUCUCAGCCAGUCAAGAGCAGCAAAAACACAAGAAUUCAACUAUGUCCUCUUGUAACUCGUCUGAAGUACCUUCAUCAAUCACUACUAGUUCUUCAAACAUGAGUAGGAACAGCACAACUAAUCCAACUCAACAUCCCACUGAAUACAAACAGCAUGUGUGGGGGUUUGCACGCUCACAUUCAAUGCCAGGUGCUUUAGGUAAUUAUGGAAACCAAAAAAACUUGUCUGAAUCAGCUAGUGCUUUACCAGUUAACCACUAUCUUCAGAACAAAAGUCAGCAGUACCAUUUCACUAAGCUGAGGAAUGCUACAGAAGCAUCUGGAGAAAACUCCUACCAUUCCACUUUCAAGAGGCAUCAGUCUGACCCAGGGGAACUGAGGAAUAAAGUGUUUGUCACAUCACAGCCAGCAGUGAAGUGCUCUGCUGCAGAGAUUGAGAGGAAAAAGCAGGAGGCUAUAGCAAGGAGGAGACUGCGACUGCAAGCCGCUCAAAAGCCUGACGUUUCCACAUAGUACACCACAGAGGAGCUCAGCUUCUUAAAAUGAAUGCACAUGCCUAGUCUAAAUAUUUUCAUAAUGAGAUAAAAUAAAAUAUUUGGUAUAAUUGAAAAUAAUAGUUAUUUGGAGUUGUUCAUCAAGCUGGUUCUACCUUUAGUGAAGGUAGAAACCUAAGUCUUUUUUGUGAUCUCAUUUUGAAUUGCUUUGGUUUUCUGAUGUCUCAUUUUGUAACUCUGUAUUGCCCAUGCAAAACUGUAAAAUUUGAUUUAGAUUGCCCUUAAGAAAAUGUGGUAUGAAGCAAAUCUGUAUGCACAGUUGCAGCUGAUAAAAGGUAUUUAAUCCAAUUUGUCUUGUUUUUGUUUGCAUUUUUCUGUCUUUUUGAACUGUGUGAAGGUUUUGUCAGUUUUUAAGAAACAUUUUACACUAACUGCAGCGUGUUUGUCUUUCCAGACAGUAAGAAUAUCCUCAAUGGUUUAAAUUGAUGAAUGUUAUAUUUCAUAUUAUGAUGCAUAGUUCCUAACUAUUUUGUGUGUAAUGGUCUUUAUAUGUCAUUUGUGGAAAUUAAGGUUUUCUUUGCACAUUCAUUGAAAAGUCUACGUCUUCAGCACACCUGGUGCUUUGUACAUGCCACAAUGUUAUUCAUUGUUUGCCCAGGGGAAUGCCUGUGUAUUACUCAAAUCUGGGCCAUUGCCAUUUUCAGGUGUAGGAUACACAGGUGUCUGUGUUUGUGCUCUGGAAAUCUUAUAGAACUUCUAUACACUGUAUUCUCUCCCUCCUCCUGCUCAUUGACUUUAAAUCAAAUGGCACAGUAAUUUGGCAUGGGAUGGGAAUGUGGGCUUUUUUUAUUACUGUGAUUAUGGUUUGAAGAUGAUUACAAUUUAUUCUAAGCAAAGGAUGAAAAAACAGGGCCCAACAGGUGUUGAGUUGCUAUAAUAUACAAGUUGGUGAAGGAUUUUCAGCAAUGUGGCAUUAUUAGACUGCCAGCAGACGGUGUAAUGAGUCUUUCAAAACCUUUUUUCCCUGAAAACCAGAGAGCAAAUUACCUAUUGCAAUGGACCUGUGCCAUAGAAAGUUAGCUUCAUGCCACUGUAGUGAUCAUCUGAAGACAAAUCAUGCCCUAUUAUCUAGCUGUAGUAAUUGUGGCAAAUUAUGUUAUUGCCAGAGUUCAUGUAUGUUUUAUUGUUGAUCUUGAGGUAUGUUUCAGAGGUAAGACAUCAUUUGGGGCUAUGUUUUAUUUCUAAAACUAGUGAUGUGCUUGGUUCAUCAGAAUAUGUUUAAAACAGCUGUGAAAUUGAAUCUUUAAUUUUACUCAAGAAAAGUAUGUCCUGUUUUCCAGAAUUCCAUAAAGAAAAAAUUAUAAAAGCAGGCAAAAGUCAAACGUUUAUGCUUGGUGAGUUUUCUCCGGGUGUCCUAUUUUCCUCCCACAGA